CACGCACGCGCGACGUCACUGCCCUUGCUCGUAGCUGGCGGAAGGAAGAGGGAGCGAGUGACGGUGCAAAGAUGGUAAGCGGCGUUCAGUCAAGGAACGUGGUCUUGGGGCCGGGUCACCCUGGGGGCGUCAGGCGAACUGGCGUCACGAUAGCCGGGGGGGGGGAGUCCCGGGGGGGGACCCUCUCUCUAUCUCUAUCCGCCUCACGAACAUAGGAAGCUGUCUUAAUGCCGAGUCAGAGCCGUUGGUCCACCCAGCUCGGUAUUGUCCGCACUGACUGGCAGCGGCUCCCCGGGAUUUAAGGCUACGGUCCCUCCUAGGCCCACCUGGAAGUGCCGGGGACUGAACUCGGAGCUUUCUGCGUGCGAAGGGGGUGCCCUCAUCACGACCCUCCCUCCCUCUCGAGUCGCGGCCGGGCUGAGGCGGGUCUGGGGGAUCCUAAUGAGAGAUGCCCCCCCCCCGCGUGCACACUUCGCAUUGAAGCCCCCUCUCUUUCCCUCACGACAUGCGUUGUCUGAAAGGAGUUCCCGCCUGCCAGUGUGGUGUAGUGGUUAAAGAGCGGUAGUCUCGUAAUCUGGGGAACCGGGUUUGAGUCUCCGCUCCUCCACAUGCAGCUGCUGGGUGACUUUGGGCCAGUGACACUUCUUUGAAGUCUCUCAGCCCCACUCACCUCACAGAGUGUUUGUUGUGGGGGAGGAAGGGAAAGGAGAAUGUUAGCCACUUUGAGACUCCUUAAAGGGAGUGAAAGGCGGGAUAUCAAAUCCAAACUCCUCCUCUUCUUCUUCUUCUUCUUCUUCUGCCGCAUCCAGACGUGUCCAUGUCUUCACCGUGAAGAGGGAGCUGGGAAUUCAUGGCCUGGACGCUGCUAUAAGUGAAUGUGCCAGUGCCGGAUUUACUUGUCAACUAAACAAGCUAUAGCUUAGGGCCCCCCCCCCCCAAAAAAUAAGGAAAAACCAGCUGGAUGUACAUUUCCAAAAUAUAAGAUAAAAAAUAAAAUAAAAUAAAACCUACAUACAGCAACUGUGUUGUGUAGGCUCCUAUGGUGUAAGCAGUGGGCCCCGCAUAUAUUCAACACAAAAAACCGACAAUUAGUUGUUGACAAAGGACAGCUGGAUAUAUAAAGGGCCCCAUUACCUUCAGUAGUUUAGGGCCUCAUCAAACCUAAAUCCAGCCCUGGAUGUGCCCUUUGAGAUUUAUUUAUUUUAAAAAAAUUUGUUCCAGUUUCUGUUUUGCUUUUCUUUGUCCAGCUUUCCCUUUUUAUCACAGUUACUCAGCAACCUCACUAUUUGUAUUUACUGGAGUAAUGCUCUUGAGUAGGAUUGUAGCCUUUUUCUUUAUGUGUGGGCCUGGGGGGGGGGCUUUAAUACAUAAAUGUAGCUGGUGAAACUCUUCCCACCAAGUCACUCUGUGCCAAAAAGCAUCACUUGCUAAAUUUCUGUAUGGUUUUUCCUGAGAUGGAGAUAAGAGGUGUAAAUUUUUUCUUUGCUAGUCAUAUUUCUGCGUGGUAGGCUUUUGUCAAAAGCACAGAGGAAGAAAAAAGAUCAGCUUGUGUCAGAUACAUCUGGCAUCCUCUUCUGUAUUCACCAUGAACUACCGGUGGCGAAUUCAAUACAACAGAGUACAGAUAUUGACUCUUCCAGCACCAGGCUGUCAGUGAGGUGUAGUGGAGAAUAUAACAAACAUCCAUAUAAUGUAAAUUCAUAGCAAGAAGAAAUGGUAAACAGAACAGCCACAGGUAGAAACAUUCCAAUUAAAGAUAAAAAGGAAUUGCAUUGUGGGGUAACUGUUAUCAUACACAAGUUCUUGCUUGGGUUCACCAUUGGUGUAAUGGGUAGAAAGAGUUGUCACAAUUGAUGUAGAAAGUACAGGGCUGAAAUGCACUAUCAACACCUGGCUUCAUCAUAACUUAAGGGAUGGUGUAGUAUUUUUAAGGGGGGAAAAUUAACCCACUCCAGAGCAACAAAAUACAUUUCCUCUGUUAUGGGCCUACUCUUCAUUUGCCAGUGUUGCUGGGUCACUGUCUACUGGCCAUUCCCAAAGAUUUUGCAGGCUUACUUUGCAAACAUCUCACUUCCACAGGGAAGCAAUAGAACAGUUGUGUCAGUGUCGCUGUCGGAGGGAUUUCCUGCAGUUCAGUCCUUUUAUUUACUUAAUCUAUCCAAUUUCAGACCCUGUGCUGUAAUAAUUCAGCUUGCUUUUAAUUUAUGCACUCCAAAUAUUUGCAAAAUGGAGGUGUAUGUUUGUGUAAAGGAAGCGCCUGGAGAUUCCAGCCAGGAUUGUGUGUGGUGCAAAAAACUAUACAGACUGUUUGCAAGAGACACAAACAAUGUACAACUAAAAUAAACAAGAAAAACUGAUGGUGGGAAAGGAAACAGAAAUGCUGCUUAUACUUGCUGGAAUCCUGACUUCUAGUCCAGUCUCCUGUCCGGUAGCCCAUAUUGCGUCAGUUUGUAUGUCUGUUCAUAAAUCAGUCUGUUAUGUAUCCCCUCACCUUUUUUGUGGACUUUUUUUCCUGGUUUUUGUCUCCUGCGGUGUGUUAUUAAUAAUAAAUAACUGCUCACAACUGCAUGUAAAGUUCCAAAAAUGUGUUCGAGUCUGAUCUCUUUCAUAGAGAAGAAAUUGAUAUGCUGGACAGAACAAUGGAGAAUAAUAGUGUUCUCUUUGUGUUACAAAUAUUAACUAAGCUGAUUUUAGACCCACUAUUUCUGUUGCUUUAUUUUUCUUAUCUCUGCAGAAUUAACAUUGUAACACGUUUAUUUCUUAAGCACAUUCUUGAAAUCAAGAGGCAAGCAGAGUACCCAAUAUAAAAGGCCUGACAGUGCUCACUUUUCUCUUCCCACCUGCUUUGUACAAUUGAUGGAAGAACACCUUUUUCUAAACCAGGUGGGCAGACGUGGCACCUGGAGAUUAGUAGGAAAGUGCUUACAUUUUCAUUAGCAACUGUCUGGUUGACCUAGGCUUGCUAUAUUAGAAUUGCUUUUGGAGAGUUUGGUCAGAAGACCACUUCAAGAGCAUCAGAGUGAGAUUUAGAACAUGAAGAACAAAGCAGCGUUCAGCAAAUUAGAAUACUUACAUGCAAGACGCCUGAGAGAUUGUAUUUGGGUUUAAACUCUUUUACAUACCAUGAGCAGCAAGUAAGUGUUAUUGGGGACCACCAUGAUGAAGCCAUUUAUAGACAGUUUGAAAAUAAAUCACAGUGGAUUAUAAUAAUAAUUUUAUUAUUUAUGCCCCGCCCAUCUGGCUGGGUAUAUUCCCCAAACUGAAAUUUGUGUCCAUAUUUGGUAGAUGAAGUAACUUUGGGAGUCAACACGCAUGUAUUGCUUUAUUUUCUACAGGUCUUGUCUGCCUUCUAAAGUAGCCUAAAUUUUGAUUGGUGUGAUCUCUAGUUAACAAAGUUACUAAAUUAGACCUCUUGGGUGGGAUUCAUCUAAGAAGCCCCGUGCAAGGUCUUCUGCUUGCACAGAGGGAUUUUGCCAUUCUCUCCAUGCCCCCUAGCAUUGGCGCUGGGAGAGUUGGGAGCACCCCCAGAACAGUGUGGUUGGGAAUCAUUCUGUCCAGCAAGCUGAAACGCUUGCACAGACAGAAUAUUUAUAGUAGCGCAAAAUUGAAUUCCACCCCUUGAAAACAAAUGUACCUAGCAGCAGUCAUUUUGAAAGCAUUCUUGAGUUGUACAUUCCUAAUAGUAAAUUAUCUCUGUUUCAGAAUACCAGAGCAUUUGGAUCUCAGCUGAAGGACUGUAUUCCAGUUUCUGAUUUUUCAGCUGCUGGCGCAUUUGAAAGCUGUGAUGUGAUUAAUAGAGGGUAAGCACUAGAAAGCCAUUGAAAUACAUUGGUGAAUUCCUUGUGCGCCUGAUAAUGGAGAUCCAAAGUGUGUUUGAAAUGGUUUUUCUCUGCCUCCUGGAUGAAUUGUGUCCUUGGUCUGCUUUUCUUCAAGUGGGUUGUGUAGAGGUGGCUUGCUCAAGACUGUUGAGAGGAGAGAGGAAAAAGAAGCUCUCACUUCCCCACUCGCAAAUGAAUCCCAUCAAUCUGCAGCAGUGCUUACCUGGGAAGGUGGUGAGCCCCAAAUAGGCCAUCUCCACCUCUUCUAUCCAUCUUGGAUGAAGGACUGCAGUAAGAAGAGAAGUCCCCACCCUGCCCCUCUGACUUCAAAAGGAAAGGGAGCUCAUCUCUCCCACGUGGGGUGAGCAGUUCCUUAGAUACAAAACAUUUGUUUACUAAAUAUUUGCGUGAGGUGAUCUUCCAAAGUUACACCCAGUUAUUUGUCUUCAUAAAUUUAUUGACAGUAGGAGCCUUAAAUAAAGAUUCUUUCCGCAGAAUUGUGGAACUAAAACUGGAUCCAUCCAAGAUUUUGUGUCCGUCUCCAGAGCGCUUCCUGCUUGCCUGAAGUGGAGGAGCCAGUUCAGCCUCUUGAACUGGGUGGAAAGCUCUUUGCCUUCCUUCCUCCAGAAGCAGACAGAACUGCAGUUUCCCAGCAGCCUGCCUCAUGGAAUGAAGGGACCACGUGAAUGUCAGAGCUCCCACAUAGCGGGAACAGGGUGAACUUGGUUUGGCCUAGUUUGAAGGUGGAAUUUAGAAACUGAUCCCAUUCCCCUGAGGCUCUGGGCAGAAUCAUUUUCAUAGGUUGGGCUUGACAAGAAGAGAACACUCUUCUGUUGAAACAGACCAGUGGCAGCAUUAAUCCGUAAACAGACCCCUGUGUUGCAAUACAGAAAAGCUGAACAAAAUAACACGAUGGCAAUGGCCAAUAACAAUGGCACUAAACACUAUUUAUAGACUAAUACAAAUGAUCAGAAAUUGCAACCAAAGUCUCUAAAUCUUCUUAACCAGUCGCGGUAGAAUAAUUCAAAAGUUUGAUAUAUACAUAAUCUGUUACCAAAUAUCACCGGAACAGAGUUUCCGGAUAGCCAAUCUGUAUCGUUCAAUGCUUCAUCAGCCAGUCUUGAUCAAUUCUUCAUCAGCCAGACUUGUAAGAAUUAAUAUGAGAAGUCACAGUAUCACAUGAGCACUGAUCCAGAGCAUAUUUUCUGCAGCGUUUAUAUUUACUUACAUGUAAGUUUGGCUUGUUAAGAAACUGAACUGCAUCCUUCUCAUAUUAAUUCUUACAAGUCUGGCUGAUGAAGAAUUGAUCAAGAUUGAAUUAUUCUGUGAUUGGUUAAGAAGAUUUAGAGACUUUGGUUGCAAUUUAUGAUCAUUUGUAUUAGCUUAUAAAUAGUGUUUAGUGCCAUUGUUAUUGACCGUCGUGUCGUGUUAUUUUGUUCAGUGGCAGCAUUAGGCAUGCAGUGCUUCUGUAUAUAUGUGGGCAAUAUUCCACUAAAUACGUAGGCAAGGCAUUAGGACUAGUUAAAAUAAACCAUAGCUCUUUCUUUGAAAUGUCUCAUGAAAUGACAGCCAACAUGUUGAGCUAUAUAUUUGCUAUCAGAUAUAAUUGAUAGGAUGGACAAUAAUGUCCUAAGUAAUCUUUUUUUACAUUGUCCCUGUGAUUUCCUCACAUGUGGCAUUAAACAAAUCUGAAUUUAUAUAUUUAAACCUGCAAUACUCCUUACAGUUUUGGCAAUUUAAAAUGUAUACGCUGCACAAUUUCUCCAAGCUAUUAUCUCAUUUAUUUAAUGGAUAUUUUGCAACAACAGAAAGAAUGCAGGCAGAAGAAGGCAGUCAUUUAUAAUAUCUGCAUCCAGGGAGCUCAUUCCUGCUCCCCUGUAUGUUGUAGAUAUUUUAAGAACCUUCUCUGGGGACACUGCUUGUUUACACUGGACUUUUGUCAGGCUUGUUGGACAUCACUAAAACACCAUGUGAGCAGCGUGCAUGGCUUCUGUGGCAACACUGCAGAGUAAACGCUAUAGUGGUGAUCAAGUUUUAUUUCAGAAAAAUUGUCCGCCAUUGUUUAUUGCUUUUAAUGAAAAUAUGCCAUGCCUUUCUAACUCAAGGGACCUUCCAGAAUUGUCAUAAAGAUACACAGACAAAUAAGACUAACUGAAAAACAGAUAAACAAAAAAGCAUUGGAAGCAUUAAAAUAGGAGACAGGAAAAAAUACAAAAGCGGAUGAUCUUCUCGUGGAUAAGCUUCAAGGUCCUUGCACAAUGCUGCAACAGUUUCUUGUUGAACUAUUCAGUUUCCCCUGUAAUGUCAUUUGAGGAUAUUUCUGAGCAGAAAAUCCAUUAUGUAAUUUUUCCUUAAGAUGCCAAAGUGGACUUCGAAUGCAUGAUGAAUUCUGAGUCCUUGGAUGGGUAUAUGGGUAUAUUAAAUGUAAAUCUGAUCAUAAAAGGGCUGCUUACCCCUGUAAAUUUUCUAUUUUUCCUUUGAGAUGUGAAUUUCAAUUUGCAAUUAUACUUACACAAUAUCUGACCAGUAACUUAUUCAGUAGAGCAAUAAACAACUAUCUGUGUAAUGCAUAUUAUUUCUGAGCAUUUUAGGUUGUUUUUCUCUUGUUUUUACACUUGUUUUAAUGUUUUUAAGUCACUUUGACUUCAUUGUUCUGGAAAAAAGCAACCAAAUAAUAUAUGAAUAAGGCCAGAUCGAAGAUGAAUUGGGCUCAGUCAAAGCGUAGUAUAUCCUGUAUUGCCCUAUAUACAAUUAACUUAGAGAAAGGUUCUUAUUCAUUACAGAAUUUUCUAGGUGCUCAGUCAGAAGAUUUUAAAAUCAGAUGCUUGCUAGCUAUUAUGGACAGGUUUGUUACAUAUCAAAUAGCUUCAAAUGGACUAGUUUUGACUCAGAAUAGUGUCAACUACCAGAGUUUGUUUAAAAAAACAGCUAAGUGAACGGUACAGUUUUAAGCUUCAAUAAUUUGCAUUUCUGAAAAUGUAAAUGUUCAUCUUACUCUGGGUUUGUUCUAUUUGGUUUUUUGUUUUUUAAUUUAUAUUGUUCUGGCUCAGAUCCCUGAAAAAGAAAGCAAAAAUCAUUGCUCAGACUGACACGUAGUUGUAUUCGGGUUGAGUGUGGUGACUGUUCAUUUUGUUUUGCCUAUAAAAUAAGAAAGGUAAAAAGUUCUAUUAUACAUUAAACUAAAGCCAAAAUUGACAACUCACUCCUCUGCACACGAACUGACCCAGACCCUAUGAUCAUCAUCUGAGGCCUUUCUUCAUGUGCCCCCUACAUGAGAGGUCCAGAGGGUGGGAAAGUGAAAACAGGCCUUUUUGGUGGUGGCUCACCAUUUGUUGAAAGCUCUCCCUGAAGAGGCUCACCUGGCACCUUCAUUGCAUAUAUUUAGGUGCCAGGCAAAAACCUUUCUGACCUUUUAAAUGUGUUUAUUGGAUGUGGGGUGCUAUUGGUUUGUUUUUGUUUUUAUUAUUAUGUAUUUUAUUAUUUAUUUUGUGUCUCAUUUUGUAUUUUUAUUUUUUGAAUGAAGGGUGGUAUACAAAUUAAAUAAAUAAAAGAUAAUAGCCGCACUGUAGAUAGGGAGACUCACUUCCAAGAGAAUAUGCAAACAGGCAUUACAUUUUACAGUAUUUGUUUCCUGCACACACAUAGCUGGUAUAAUUACUUCCACCCUACUGAAGAAGAGAAAAUAGUUAUUUUCUCCUCCUGUGUGAGUGUCUGAGGGCCCUGCUCCUUCCUGCCACUUACCAUCUGGCCCAGGGCGGGGCCUGAAGCCUCACAAGGACUGCUGUGCUCCGCUGCCCAGGAGGACUCUCCUGUGUGAGUGUCUGAGGGCCCUGCUCCUUCCUGCCACUUACCAUCUGGUGCCCUCUCCGAUUGCAUGGAGCCCGGACAGCCCCGUGGUUUUCCACGGAUCUGAGGGCAAUGAAACAAUCGUUGAGACGGCUAGAGCGCCGGUGGCGGAUGACCCAUUCUGAAGUUGACCAGACACAGGUUAGAGCUCAAUGUCGAGCCUACCAAGUGGCGGUAGUGACAGCGAAGAAGACUUUCUUCACCGCCUCUAUUGCAUCUGCAGAAAACAGCAGCAGGAGACUUUUUCAGGUGGUCCGCAAUUUAGCGGAACCACCUGCUACAUCGGGGCCCAGUAAGGGCCACAUGAUCUCCUGCAAUGAUUUUGCAAAGAAGCGGACCAUUUGGAUCCCUUCUAGUCGGGAUUCAGGCCUCAUCACGGGACUGAAACUGCCUUAGUCGCACUGGUUGAUGAUCUCCGGCGGGCUAGGGACAAAGGUGAGAGCUGUUUCCUAGUUCUGCUGGAUCUCUCAGCAGCGUUUGAUACCAUCGACCAUAACAUCCUUCUGGACCGUCUUGAGGGGCUGGGAGCUGGGGGCACUGUCAUACAGUGGUUCCGCUCCUUCCUCCUGGGCCGUGUUCAGAAAGUGGUGGUGGGGGAUGAGUGUUCAGACCCCUGGGCUCUCACUUGUGGGGUGCCUCAGGGUUCUGUCCUCUCCCCCAUGCUUUUCAACAUCUACAUGCAGCCGCUGGGAGAGAUCAUCAGGGGGUUUGGGCUGGGUGUUCAUCAGUAUGCGGAUGAUACCCAGCUCUACCUCUCUUUCAAAUCAGAACCAGUGAAGGCGGUGACGGUCCUGUGUGAGUGUCUGGAGGCGGUUGGAGGAUGGAUGGCGGCUAACAGAUUGAGAUUGAAUCCUGACAAGACAGAAGUACUGUUUUGGGGGGACAGGAGGCAGGCAGGUGUGGAGGAUUCCCUGGUCCUGAAUGGGGUAACUGUGCCCCUGAAGGACCAGGUGCGCAGCCUGGGAGUCAUUUUGGACUCACAGCUGUCCAUGGAGGCACAGGUUAAAUCCGUGUCCAGGGCAGCUGUGUACCAGCUCCAUCUGGUACGCAGGCUGAGACCCUAUCUGCCUGCGGACUGCCUCGCCAGAGUGGUGCAUGCUCUGGUUAUCUCCCGCUUGGACUACUGCAAUGUGCUCUACGUGGGGCUACCUUUGAAGGUGACCCGGAAACUACAACUAAUCCAGAUUGCAGUAGCCAGACUCGUGACUGGGAGCGGCCGCCGAGACCAUAUAACACCGGUCUUGAAAAACCUACAUUGGCUCCCAGUACGUUUCCGAGCACAAUUCAAAGUGUUGGUGCUGACCUUUAAAGCCCUAAACGGCCUCGGUCCAGUAUACCUGAAGGAGCGUCUCCACCCCCAUCGUUCUACCCGGACACUGAAGUCCAGCACCGAGGGCCUUCUGGCGGUUCCCUCACUGCAAGAAGCCAAGUUACAGGGAACCAGGCAGAGGGCCUUCUCGGUAGUGGCGCCCUCCCUGUGGAACGCCCUCCCACCAGAUGUCAAAGAGAACAACUACUACCAGACUUUUAGAAGACAUCUGAAGGCAGCCCUGUUUAGGGAAGCUUUUAAUGUUUAAUGUAUCACAGUGUUUUAAUAUUCUUUUGGAAGCCGCCCAGAGUGGCUGGGGAAACCCAGCCAGAUGGGCGGGGUAUAAAUAAUAAAUUAUUAUUAUUAUUAUUAUUAUUAUUAUUAUUAUUAUUAUUUAUGUAUUCUAUGCCAUUAAUUCCAGACUUUAGAGCCACAAAACUUCUACCUGGAAUUGCUAUCCAAAAUAUUUUGUGAAUGAUACUUUGAGAUAAAAGUUGCAGUACUAAUACUGUACAUUGUUUUUAUAGCUUUACAAAUGUGAAGAGUGAACUUUUCCCUGUUCAUCCUUUGGAACUAGCAGAGAAAAAUGUAAGUACACUUCAUCUUUUUAGACCGUGGACUGUAAACAGCGCAAGUGGUAUACAGUUGCCCCAUAUCUCACGUCAGAGGUAAUGUGUAUAUGUGAAAACCAUGUGCAGCCAAAACUGUGUUGCCAUUGGAUUUGCCCCACAGCUAGCCGUUGAGGGUAAGGUAGCUGGUGAGGGGAAGAGAAAGAGAGAACUCCUGUCAAUCCUAGAGCCAGAGCACUAAGUGGGCCUUGCCUGGGAAACAAGGACGAGAGCUUAAAAUCUCUUUGUGCUGAAUCUGCUUGGAGUUACUUGGCAGAAAAACAGCUUGAUACACUCUUGGCCUGGCUUCUCAGGCAAGGCCUGCUUGGUGCGCUGGCUCUGGGAAUGUUAGGGAUGCUCUCAGGGGACAGUCCAACUGCCUGUGAGAUUUCACAAGAGCAUCCCUUUAUUGCCCAUGUAUAAUUAAAAUCAUGCAAGUUAAAUACGUGUAUGACAUGGCCAUACUAUACAAUUUUUUAAAGUUAACAGUGGACAGAAAGCUGUUAAUUUUACAGGACAGAGACUUUUCCAACACUUGGCACCUGCUGUGUUUUGGGGGCAAAACUGAAACCUAAGGCUGUGCUCCCAAAGCUACUUUCAUAGAAGUAAGCCCAGUUGGGAUUGGUGGGACUUCUGAUCAAUGUAUGGGAUUGUAUUUUCAGUUGGGGGUCUUCCCUAUCGGAAAGCUUUCAACCCAUCUUGAAAGGGCAGAUCCAAGCUGGUUGAACAGUGCAUGAUGAGCAGUACAGAAGGGUGGCAUAGGAGGUGGCACAGAAAUCAUGUGGUUAUUGUAGUUCAUAAAUUGAUGUAUAUUAACAGAGGGUCUUGAAAAGAGAUUUGAAGGGGGGAAAGAAAUGCAUGUUGGCAGCACGAGGAGCAAAAUGUUAGCAGCCAUAAUGAUGAAUGUGGGAGAGAGAGACAGUGGGGUUGAUAAGUGACUCAGUAAGGAAAAGAAGAAAGGAAAGUUGAAACAGGGAGAUGUCAUGAGGCAGAAGCAUAGAGGCUAUCUGCCUUUAUCCUCAAAUCUCUACAAAGGCUCAAACAUGCAUGAAUAUUUUCUUCUUGUUUACAUACUCUGUUCAACAGUGGAGCCUGGAAGAAGCAAAAGAAUCUUUUGAAAUGGUUUUACUUACCACCCUUUUUGUCAGUGUAACUUAUGGUGGGUUGUUAGGUCACAUGACUGAGCUGAAUGGAGUUCAUAAUAUGAGUCAGUCUCCUCCUUCCCCAUCCUGCCAUUUCCCAGGAACAGCCCCUUUUCAGCCCUUACUUCAGCCUCAGGCGGGAUAGAGAAUUUAGGCCAGCAUAUCUCCAGCUGAGCCAGGAUGAGUCAGACCUGCUCAUUCCAAACUCCUCUCAUUUCAUUGGCUCUUGGGUUUGGAAUGCUCCCACAGUGGGCUUGGAUAGUUAGAUGGAUGGAUCACUCAAGCAUCUAUAAGAUGGCAAAUAAACACACCUCUUCCUCUCACACACACCCUUCUGUAAUUAGUCAGAUGUUAGCAUUCCUUCAAUACUGAAAGUAAUUCAUUUAACAUUAACAUGAAUGGGAUUUGGGUUAUUUGGCAGUAUUUUACUUUCACCAUGAGGUGGAGUCAGAUGUACUCCGCUUGCCAGAAACAGCAUGUUGUGGUGGAUUGAUAAGAGUGCGUAUAAAUUCCAGCUUUUCUGUGAGUGGAAGUAUUUAAAGUAAGCUAGGAAAAUACGUUUAUGUGAAGCAUUAUAAACAUUUUUUAACAAGGGAAGUCACAUUUCCCCAAUUGUUCUAGAACACAAGUAUAUUCUUAACACUUUGUUUUGUAGUUUUCAUUGAAUCAAGAUAAGAUGAAUUUUUCUACUCUGAGAAAUAUUCAAGGGCUGCAUGCACCGCUGAAGCUGCAAAUGGAAUUCAAAGCAGUGAAGCAGGUAUGCUUUUUCAUUUCUUUUCAGUAAUUUGUUUUGCCCAGGAUAAUGUUUUAAAAGCAUCUGAUAAAAUAGCAUUAGCUUUUUACUGGUUUUAAUGAUUAAGACUUAAAACCACUGUAACAUCAGUGAUUCAUUUGAACUGAGAAAGCCCAGGAGUUAAACCUCUUGAACCUGGGGGUAGUGGAGAUAAAGGGAAAGAUCUGAGUCAUUUUCCUCAUAAUCAUCUUGUCACAUAGGACUGUCACCUGAUUAAAUUAAUCUUGCAUCGCAAUCCUGUGUGUGUAUACUUGGAUGUAAGCCCCACAGUAUUCAAAGAGGCUUAUUUUCAGGUAAGAACACAUAGGAUUGCACCACUAGUUAAUUAACCGUAUCAGUUUAUUCACUUAAGUCUACAUAAAUAGGUAUACAGUGGUACCUCGGGUUAAGUACUUAAUUCGUUCAGGAGGUCCGUUCUUAACCUGAAACUGUUCUUAACCUGAAGCACCACUUUAGCUAAUGGGGCACCCUGCUGCUGGCACGCCGCCGGAGCAUGAUUUCUGUUCUCAUCCUGAAGCAAAGUUCUUAACCUGAAGCACUAUUUCUGGGUUAGCAGAGUCUGUAACCUAAAGUGUAUGUACCCUGAAGCAUAUGUAACCCAAGGUACCACUGUAUUAUAAACUAGCACCAUUGAACUCAACAGGUCUUUCUUCUCUGGAGACACAUAUAAGAUUGUACUUAUGAUCAAGCAAGGCUUCAUGUUGCAACUAUAGCAGACCUGGAUAGCUCAGCUGAUUAGAGCAUGGUGCUGAUAACACCAAUGUUGUGGGUUUGAUCCCUAUAUGGGACAACUGCAUACAGUGGUGCCUCGCAAGACGAAAUUAAUCCGUUCCGCGAGAGUCUUCGUCUAGCGGUUUUUUCAUCUUGCAAAGCAAGCCCAUUGACGGAUUAGCGCUAUUAGCGGUUUAGCGGCUAUUAAAGGCUUAAAGGCUUAGGGGAUUAGCUGCUAAAAGGCUAUUAAAGGCUAUUAAAGGCUUAGCAGAUUAGAUAAAGGGGGGGGAAAGCGAAAAAAAAAUCUCAAGACUCGCAAGGUAUUUUCGUCUUGCGAAGCAAGCCCAUAGGGGAAUUCGUCCUGUGAAGCAACUUCAAAACGGAAAACCCUUUCGUCUAGCGGUUUUUCCGUCUUGCGAGGCAUUCGUCUUGCGGGGCACCACUGUAUUCCUGCAUUGCAGGGGGUUGGAAUAGAUGAUCUUCAAGGUCCCUCAUUUGGGUAGUAAUUAUGCAUGCACAGUUUAUUUGAUGAACGAAAUCUCCCUGACCAACUGUUGUACUUUAUAGGCCCAGCGUCUUCCUUUCCUUAAUAGUUCUAACCUGUCCCUGGAUAUCUUGAAAGGCAACUAUGACUGCAUUGGUUUUGAGGAUAUUCUGAACGGUAAGGAAAAGUCAAAAAAAUUGGGAGAAAUCUAGUAUUUUAAAGCUACAGGGAAGAAAAUGGAUUGUAAAGAUUACAAGACAUCUCUAAGCCUCAGGCCUUGUUCAAAGGUUGCUGCACCAAUAUGAAAACCACUUUUCACAUGCUGGGGUCCCACUGUGUAGCUAUGUGCUACACAUGACUGUUGCAACUGUGUUACUGGGAAACAACUGUAUUUUUUUGUGCAUUUAUAUCCCACCAUACUUUUUUCAUGGAAUUCCAAGACUACAUAUAUGUGGCUUCCAAUCUAAGCAUUAAGCAGACCCAGACCUACUUAGCUUCAGCAAGAUGGUGGCCUGAUGUGCCUUCACACUGUACCCUGGGAUCCUCAUGACCUGCCUGUAGCCUUCCCAUAGGUAGCAGUGUCUGGUUGGCUGCUGUGAGGAAAAGGGAGACACUCAAUAGGCCUUUCGUCUGAUACAGAAGGGCUUUUUUUACAUGGGUGAGCCCAAGCAAGUGCCUAUGCAGAAUUUAAAGAGCAGAAACAACUUGUUUUCAGGAGUACAAUCCAGGGCUCAAAUGAGAUCUCCACUGCUGAUAAAAGGUUUAGUUAGAAUUUAUCACCUGUUGCUCAGGGAGAAAACAUUGGCCUCCGUCCAGGCCCUUUUUCCCAACCCUCCUACAUGAACAGUUAAUUAGAGGUGUGCUGAUCUGUUUUCAGUUCAUGUGGGGUGCAGGGGGUUGAGUGGAGCAAAUAGCGAGCCUUCUGCUGCACUUAGUUAAAAGUUGUAUCUUGCAUGCUGAUACUUGUUCUUUCAAAGUUGUGGAUUACUAAAAUAUUAAACCUGUUUUCCAGAUCCGGCACAGAGUGAAGUAAUGGGAGAUCCUCAUCUGUUGGUUGAACACAAACUUGGUUUAUUAUAAUGCAUACAUACUCCAUCCUUCUGUUCAUGAAAAUGUUUCUUAACUGUGUCCCUGUAGGUUCAAGUAAACCAUAUUAAACGAUAGCCGUACAGUGCUUGUUUUGAUACACACAAUCUCUCACCUACUUUGAUACAAAAGGCACAUUAAAUGCUUAAAUAUAUUACUUUUGUUCUGUGUUUACUGUCAGUACAAAUGUCUUGUAAUUGGGUAUUUUUUAAAAUUGGGAAAUACAUCUCUAUUCAGGGCAGUUGUUUCAUGUCUGCAACUGUGGAACUGUAGACAUUAAAAAGUCUAUAGAAAAAGGACAUUUUAGAUUGAAUGUUCUUGUAAAAGAACCUUUUGCCAUAUAUAACCCAGGUAUUUGCUGUUUAAUCUUUCUUUCCUUGUGCUUGAUGACUUGACAUGCCAUCUUUUAAAAACAAUGAAUAAAAUUUUCUAUAAAUGCUGUGACUUUUCAAAAUAUUUAGUCAUAUCUACAAAGUUCCUCACCUCAAGCAGCACCUGCUUCCAUUACUGAGCCAUUCCCUUUCACCUUAGCCUAGAUCUGUUUACUCUGUUCACAACCAGAAUUUACACUGGCCUAACUAGCUGGGAUCCUCUACUUCCAACACCACUGCCCUGCCAGCUGAAAUGCCACCCACCCUUCACAGAUGACACCCUUCCUCACUCAUGUACAGAACACACCAGUCAACAUACAGUGUUGACAUCCGUGUUGAGGUGCUGUCCUUUAGUCCUUAUGCACACAAUAGGCAAGCAAGCUGCCAGGUAAACCAUUCAGCACCAGUCUCUGCGUGCUCCAUUACAGAAGAGCUGUAGCUUAGCGGUAGAACAUUUGCUUUGCGUGCCGAAGGUGCCUGGUUCAGUCCCUGCCAUCUCAAUGCAGACAUAGGAGAGAACCACUGACAGACAUUGUAGGCAGCUUUCUUCCUCUCCCUUAAUUCCAGUGCCCAACAAAGUGGUGUUACUGGUAAUACUUCUAAAGCAAGGACCUUUGUUGUUUCCACUGCAUCUUGCUUAUAACGCACCCGUUUAUCUACUCAAGUCUUCCCCAUUUUUCCUAGGAGUCUGAUUCAUAUGUGAUGUGCCUAGAGUAUUGGAUUAGAAUUGUGAAUCCAGGUUUGAUCCCCGUUCAGUCUCCAUGUUUACUGGAUGGCCUUGAGUCAGUCAUUCUGGUCUCAGCCUAACCUCAACAGAAAAGGGGGGUACUGUACUGGGUGUGCCAACUUUGGCUCCUUGGAGGAAAUGUAGUAAUAUACCAGCUAACAGUCCUAUACCCAGUCAGUCAGUGGUUGCCCUAGAGCAGAGCUUUCCAAACUCUUUGUUUUGUGAUACAUUAGUGUGUUGGCUGCAGUGUGCAGGUGCAUCAGGCAAACGCUCCAUACACUCCUCCUGGGGCUGGAAAAGGGUUAGUUUAACCUCUGGUUUGCUAGUAAAACUAAAUUCCUGUGCCAUGAAAUGAUGCAUGUCUAACAAGUUUGGAACGCUCUGCCCCUAGAGCAUGCUGCUCUUUAAUAACCACAUUCCCUCAUCCUAAAGCCGUAAUAAUCAAGGGUGGUUGUAAGGAAAAACAGCAAUUGACACAUCCCUUGAUAGCCAAGGGGAACCUUGGGACCAAAUGGCAAAAUGGGGGGACACCAGUGUACAGUAGGCUAUGCAAGGCAGGUUACCCCACAAACAUCCACCCUCCAUUUGGUUAAGCAAGAGGCAGUAUCCCAAUUCAAGGAUUCCCUCCUGUGAAACAAAAGCACUUGAGGCUGGUGUGGAGUCUCAAUGGUGUGGAGUAGAGAAGCUUGGAGGGGUGUGUGGCUGUAUUCCUCCCUCAGGCCUGAGGAUUGCCACUCACGAUUUAUGUGGUGAUGCUGUUUCAUGACUACCUUCUGUCUUAACGCAGCUUCAAAGUUUGGUUCCACAGGAAUAAAUGUUCCUCAUGGAGACAACUUUGCCUCAGUGAAGGAGAUGAAUUUUUAUCUUCGUUGGAAGCAAUCGGUAUGCAUUCCUAAAUACUUGUGAUGCUUUUGGACUUACCCAGUUUUAGCGUUUGAGCUGCCAGAUACUUGACGAGCAUCUUGCCUCAUAAAAGUGCAACACGUUUUGUGGGGUAGCCCACAGGAAAGAUAAAAGAUUGAAAAGCUGUAGGAUCUCAUGUUCUUGAAUUGCUUAUUCAUGACAUGGAAAUUUGAGCUAGUAAAUUCCCAAGACUUCUUUGCCCUCCCUUUUUUUAAAGAAUAUCUCACUGCAAUGAGGGAAAUUCUCUUGAAUAAAAUAUUUCAUUGUACGCUGGGAAGUAUGAAAUCUUUUGCCACAUGUUAGCUUCCUCUUAGGAAAAGUUGUAUACUGGAACUUGGGUGCUGUUUAAAUAAGUAAGAAGCUUUUGCAACACCCUUGCAUUAUGUCCUGUGGGCUAGUGAUUGCCAAAGCAAGAACAUUUUUAAAUGGCAGCAGGGCUGUUGAAUUCAUGAAAAUGAACCUCCCAUGCAAAUGGUGUAACAUGUAAAGGGUACUGAUUAAGUCUUAACUGAAGAAAUAACCUUGUGGAAACCUCAAGGCUUUUAGAGGUCUUGCUUUGACAAAGUACAUUUGCUUCUUACAAUUCUCACUUCCUAAGAUGCAGCUCAAAGUCAGAUUCUGAGUUAGGCAGGUGUUUCCAGUUGAAAAUUUAGUUGCAUUAUUUUUUUGCAAUUACAUUUUUAGAGUUUGCAAACUGAUGCAGUUUUGAUAAACUGGCUCCUGUGUUUUCCUGCUCAUACAAGCAGUUUGUUCGUGAUGCCAAGGUAAUUCAUUGCUUUUUACCGGAGAAUCUCAAAGACAAAGUAAAAAUACAUUCAAUAAAUAAUUUUUAAAAUAAACCUGUAAUACCAAGAGUGUUCAUAGCAAUCAACCAACAAUGAAAAUAUCCUUCCACAUGCAACUGAAAGUUGGAACACUAAAAGCAAUGGGGAAAAAAUCCAACCAUGAAGGCCCAAAUUCCUGAAUUUUGGUAGCACAGGUACCAGGCAAACCUCUGGUACCAAAGUAAGUGAAGAAUUACCAAUCCCAGAAUCCUCUAGCUCCUCUUUCUUACUCACCAGUAGGUUAUUGGGAAUGCUUUUCCGCCUCUUGCUCUGGUUGGAAGAUUAAAGCCUUCUCAGCUUCUAAUCUUAUUAUAGCUUUUGUGCAGUCAGGUGGCAUGCUUCUGAAUAUCAGUUGCUAAAAUCUACAAAGAGAGGAGUGUACUAUUGCACUCAGAACCUGCUUGUGCAUAUCCCAUAGGCAUCUGGUUGGCCACUGUGAUGCUGUGCUAGAUAGGCCACCAGUCUAAUCCAGCAGGCUGUUUGUUACUAUGUUAUGGUUCGGCUUCAUGGCACUAAAAGAUUUUAGUAAAAACAACCAGCUUACAAGUUCAGUUUCGGUUGUAAUCACAAGCACCUGAAUGUGAUAACACCACACUGGUCUGUGAUAUUCUAAUGUGAUCUUUGACCCUAAACAAGUUGCUCUUUGCUUGUCCAUUUCAAAACCAGACAACUUAAUGUCAUUCUUUCUUGACUACUGAGACGUAAAUUCUAAAAAUGGAUUUACUGGCAUGUAAAUUAAUGUAUAAUAUAAUCGUUUCCCCUCUUAAUCUACACUAAUUUUGCUUAAACUGACUCAUUUUUUAGAUAAACUUGUUCUAUCAUAAGCAGCUUGAAUUGCCAUGUUUCUUUCUAGAGACUUGAUUACAUGUGAAAUAAUUGUUUUAAGAAGCACUGAUACAGAUGUCGUUCAAAAAUGUUUUAUUUAUCUCAAUAUUUUCAUUCAGUAUACAUUAUACACACAAAUAAAAGUCAGUCAAGG